AUGGGUUUUGAUAAUUCAAAUAUUAUACAGCAAUUGCUUGGCAAUGUUAUAUUUCAUCCAUUUAUGUUUAACCUUGGGAAAUUGAAUAUAUUUGUGUUGGGAAUAGAAAAAUCAAAAAACCUGAAGUGGAACUAUGUAGGAGAAAGAUAUAAGUCUAUUUUUCAAUACAAAUUUGAUGGUAUAAGAUCAAUCUUUAUUCAAGUGUUAAAAGAUGAAGAGUAUGUAGUUCAAAUAUUUACUAACAGUACUUUAGUAAGAACAUAUAGUGAUAUCGAUCCUGACAAAAUUUGGUUGCAGAUUAACAGGCUUUCAAAUUAUCCUGAAAAAAAGUUUUUGAAUUAG